CUAGGUUUUGCAAUGGAACGAACAUGGUUACUGCUCCUCCUGACAAUUCAGGUGCUUUCGGUGACUGCACAGUUCAAUGGAUAUAACUGUGAGGCCAAUCUACAUAGCAGGUUUCCUGCUGAACGAGAUAUCAGUGUCUACUGUGGAGUACAGGCAAUUACUAUGAAGAUUAAUUUUUGCACAGUUCUUUUUUCUGGUUAUUCUGAAACAGAUCUGGCCCUGAAUGGGAAACAUGGGGACGCUCACUGCAAGGGGUUUAUAAAUAACAACACCUUUCCAGCAGUGGUCAUUUUCAUCAUCAAUCUCAGCACUUUGGAGUCCUGUGGAAGCACUCUAGUGGUAUCCUCCGUUCCAGGCAUCAAUGCAUAUGGGAAUGUAUCAGUGGUACAGAUAGGUAAUGUUUCAGGCUACAUAGAUACGCCAGAUCCACCAACGAUCAUCAGCUACUUACCAGGGCUUCUGUACAAAUUUAGCUGUAGCUACCCCUUGGAAUAUUUGGUCAACAAUACACAAUUGGCUUCGUCAUCAGCUGCUAUUUCUGUAAAAGAGAACAAUGGGACAUUUAUCAGCACUCUGAGUUUGCUGCUUUACAACGACUCAACCUACAGCCAGCUGCUGGUUAUCCCCAGUAUAGGUUUACCUUUGAAAACAAAAAUAUAUGCAGCAGUGCGAGCAACCAACCUAGAUGGCAGAUGGAAUGUUUUGAUGGACUAUUGUUACACCACUCCAUCUGGUAAUCCCAAUGAUGAGCUUCGAUACGAUCUCUUCUUUAGCUGUGACAAGGACCCACAGACCACUGUAAUUGAGAAUGGCAAGAGCCAGAUGGGCCGGUUUUCCUUUGAGGUGUUCCGCUUCGUGAAGCACAAGAACCAGAAGAUGUCUACAGUCUUCCUCCACUGUGUGACAAAGCUGUGCAGAACGGAUGACUGUCCCUUUCUUGCACCUAUUUGCAGUAACAGAGAAAGAAGAGAUGCUGUUAGGAGAACAACUUGGAGCGCUCAGAGUACCUCUGGAAAUGCUGUAAUCUCUGCUGGCCCCAUCAUUACAAGGAGCGAUGAGACACCAACCAACAAUUCACAGCUAGCUCAUCCAAAUGGACCACCUUUCCAGCUGAACUCAGUCACCAGUGCACUGAUUUCAGGAAUAGUCAUUCUAGGGAUUAUGAGCAUUUUCUUUUUUGUAUGUUCCCUCACCCUCCUGCGCAGAAAAUGGCCCAGCAGCUCAGUUUUGGGUGGCGUACGAAACCCAGUUUUCAACUAA